GGGUAUUCUGGGCAAGAAGGUGAGGGCGACCCUCCACUGGAGUUUGGGUACCGCGCUCGCGACGGUUGAGUUGUGCUUGAGGUAGGGAGCGAUGGCCCGGGAACUCGAACUAUGGGACUGCACAUGGGAACCAAGACGAGUCGGAAGGGGAGUAGAGAUGUCAAUACCGUCGAGCAAUGAAUGGAAGGGGACCACAUGUGAUUGGCGGGGGUAUGAGAUUGUGCCGGAGCUAUCGUACCUAUGGAUAGAGCGUGUUUGGAACCCGUUGAGGGAAGAGGAAGGAUGGGAAGAGAUUGCGGAAGGAAGGGUGGAAUCAGUCGGGACGAUUGUCCUCUCUGAACAAGGUUGGCACCUGUUCUGCACAACGCUCGCGGCAGGACAGAACCCGAUGUGGCUUUUAGGGGACGCUGAGGCAAGGGUUCGACAGGCGGGGGAAAGGUUUGCUAACAAAGGUUGGGAUAUGGUCAGCAGUAGAGUCGUGAUGGGAGGAUGGAAGGAAUUUAAACCGCCUGGCGCCCGAAUCAAGACCUGGAUGCCCGAGUUCGUGGCGGACUGGUUUGGGGGUUUUGAUCACGUAACAGAGGUAGCCGACACGAUGGAGCGAAUACACGUGAACUGCGCACGGCUGACAGAGGAGUUCUAUAGGACGUCCUUGAAAUACGGGUCCUUCCAUGGCGAUAGAGCCCGGGAGGUCCUUAUCAUUUUGGAUAUCGAAAGGAAUGACCGGCAGGAGGUGGCUCCGGAAACUAGGGAGGCCAUAAUCCGCCGUGAGGUGGCAGCAACACCUUGCUAUGUGGAUAAUGUGUUCAAACUGUUCGAAGUAAAGAAAUGGCGAUUGAGGAAGGGAUCGAUGACCAGCAGAGCGGCGGGAAUCAGGGCACGAAUGGGGAUGGGGAACGAAACGAGGGAUCAGCGAGGGAUCGAGAGUCAGCCAAACUGGAAGGAACCCGAGAAGACGGAAAGGACCUCUCAACUAGAGAAAGCUCGAGCCACCCCUAAAAAGACAGUCUCGGAUGCCAGUCGUAAAUUGGCAGAGAUAGAAAAGCAGACUGCAGAAUUUAAGGCAAGGCUUAUCGAGCAGAUGAUGGCCGAGGAUGAGGAGGACCCCCAGGGCGCAGGGUCACGUGAAGGACGCAGGACCAGCCAGGGCGAAAUCACGCACAGAGGGAAGGAUAACAGCCAUAAGGGAACGCCCAGCAAGAAACGAAAGGAGAAGGAGGACGCUCCGACCGUGGAGGCGGAGAAGGCUACGACCCCACCUGCUAUGGACAGCGGGGCUAGUCGCCUGCCCGCCACACCAAAAGUAGCAAAGGGUUGUGACGGACUUUGGAGUCUUAAAGAAAGGGUGUUAGGAUGGUUCGACCUUGAGGGUACGCCAAAGACAGGGGAAAAGCGGGGGGAUAGCAAGGAAGGAGAAGGGACCAGUCCGGCUGGCGAAGCAGGUAGCUCUGAGGGAGGUCUUAAGAAAAUAGUAGGUACCCUCACCCGGGCUCUGAAUAAGAAUCAGGGGUAUCUGGCCGAUGCCAAGAAGAAACUCACUUUUGAUGGGGUGAACAUUACAGAGUUCCUGAUAGACUAUGAGAACCUGGCAGCCUUGUUGAAAUGGAGUGAGGAAGAGAAGAUGGACCAUUUGGGGCAGCAUGUGUCAUUGAGUCUGGGUAGAGACAUUAUGGCCAUUAUCGCCACUAGUGGAUCUUGGAAGGAAACCAGGAAUGAGAUGAUGAGGAAGUGCCUAAAGGCGGAGAAGAUGGCAACAGAAGCCGAAUUGGCGGCAGUCCAAAGGAAGAACUAUGCGACUUACAACGACUUCCUAAGGGCCUUUACUUUAGUCGCGCUACGAAUUCCCGGGGGUGAAACGCAACAAGAGCGCAUAAUUGGGAAGCCCGGUGGUUGGGGAAAAGGCGGAAAUGCAGGAGAAAAGGGAGCGAUGCGACCCUCCGAGGUAGGGAACGCGAAGGAAAUAAAGGAGCAAGGAGCAGACUGUGGAAUGAGUCAGCAGACAGGGGCACAAUCCUUGUCAAACGAAGACUAUAGUGACCUGUGGGACUUGAGGGAGAAACCGACAAUCUAUCUCGACCAAGAAAGGGGUGUCGGGACAGAAAGUCAGCAGCAAAACUACGAAAAGUCGGAGGCCCUAGAAACAACUGGGUACGGAGUAAAAAGGGGGUCGAAGGAGUUGCAUGAUCAAGACGAAGGAGCAGACAACCAGAGAAAAAGGAUAGGAGAUAUCCUCCGGGUGGGGCAAACCCGAGUAUCUCGAACUGCCUUGGUACCCCAAGAAGAUCUCGCUCCAAGAACCGAGCGUCGGACCCGUUGCAGGAAUCCUUCCUAGGAAUCGUGUCGAUAUUGCACCAUGAUA